AUGGAUAAGAUUUCGUUGAUCUUUUUACUGGCAGCAGUCUUUUCUUUCGCUCAUGUCGGCGAAGCUGCGACAUCAUGCUACCAAUGUGUGUACAUCACUGGCGGUGGAAAUUCGAAUGACGCGAGGUGCGUGGACCCAUUUGACAGAAGCUCAGGAGUAACCAACGUCACCACUUGCGAAAAUGGUUGUGUUAAAACAUCGUUACUCAACGAUGGUGGCAGCGAGACCUGGGCCCGUGAUUGCAAUACAUUACCAUCAUCUCAGUGUUAUAACACAUGUGUUAGUGCAGACGGUGUGACGGCCUGCGUACACUGCUGUACCGGCGAUUUUUGUAAUGGCGUCGGGGCUAUCUACACCGUCAGUCUUCUAGCUACGAUGUGCGGCAGCUUCCUAGCCGUCUUUGUCAGCCAUUUCUGGUAGAUGAGCAGUUGAUCUUGAAUCGAAGAGUGGGGGGGGGGGGGAUUAAUGUCACGGGACAUUUAAACAUAAUAAUAAUAAAUAUAAAAUAGAAUAUGUCCAGGGUGAAAUUUUACAAAGGCGUUUGUGGUCAAAGACAUAAUGACCCGUAUAUUCUUCUAAUUCAUUUGAAUAAAACCGACCCCGUGUCUACGAUCAUGUUUAACAAAAGGAUAACUUAGACCUCAAAGUUCCUUUUAUUUUAUUUUUUAAAUUACAAACCAAUUUUAGGCAAACGCAGCGUCGGUUUAAAAUUUUAGUAGAAUACGGGCCAUUUAGGAUUAAUAUUUUAAGUUACUUUUAAUUAGUUUGUGAUUAACUGUUAUUUCAUUUAUUCGUCCAUUCAUUAACAUGAAUGCAGCAGCUAUUGUCUUCUUUGAGUGGUCUUGGCCCUAACAGAUUGUGUUUGUUUGUGUGGGUAAGAACAGACACGGCCCCUUUGAGGGCAGUAUAUAGGCCUACUCGUUAUUAAAAUAGUCACCCUCUAUGCAGAAGAGAUAAAAUAACAAAUAGAUAGAUAACAUUAGUAAAUACUAACAUAACAUUUCCCCUUAAAUUUUGUUUUGGACUUUUUGUUUUGUCUUGUUGCCAACCCCCACUCGCGUUUUAGUUGCUUUUAUAAUGAAAUCCCAGCUCUUCACUUUUUACCUACUGACCAAAAAUCCUAUACCGAGGAGAGAUAGUUCAACUGGGGAUCAAAUUUAUAUUUUUAAUGUAAAACCUCUAUAAUUACUAUACAAUUUGAAGCGUUAAAAGGAAAUGCAUCCUUAAUAGCAAAUUAC